CAGGACCACAGACAGACAGCUGGAAGACAAGAGGGGCAGAGGACUGAAGGAGCAGAGGAGGACGAAGGAAGCCACAGAGGACACACAGACCUUCACAACAACAGCUGAGUGUGAGUGGAGUCAGUUCACCGAGGGAAGCAGCAGAGAUUAGUCUGAACCUACAACUGCCACAAAUACAAAGACGCAAGAGUCGUGAUCUACCUGAGAGAGGGGGACAGUUAAAUAACACACAGCUUCUUUAUCAGUUUAAGACUCUGUCCUCACCUGUCCUCACCUGUCCAGGUCCUGGUCCUCUCAGUUCGUAUUUACAUUCCACAACUCGCUGUAAGUUGAUGUGAAGUGGAGUCAGGUGGACUCUGUGCAGGACGCUGUUCCUGGAGUAUGUCUGUGCUCGCAGCGUCAGUGAUCCUGCUGGGUCUGUAUAUUUUGUGUCGCUGUCUGAUUCCCCGGUUGGUUCGGUCUAAUUCCACUCUGGCUUUGCUUUGGUACGACGUCAUGCUGGAAAUGACCUUUGACCUCCUGACACAAACAACAAGACCUCAGCGCCUCCUGCAGGCCGUCAGUAUAAAUGCAGUGAAAGGAGACCCGGACAGCGUCAUCACCGCCAUCGACCACUUCUGUAAACACACAGAGUGGGCGAUGAACGUAGGAGACGAGAAAGGAGCCAUCUUGGACGCUGUUGUCAUAGAAAGGUCUCCGGCCACAGUGCUGGAGUUGGGGACGUACUGUGGAUACUCUGCUGUCCGCAUCACCAGACUGUUGCCCCCAGCAACAAGGCUGAUUACCGUGGAGAUGAACCCUGAGUACGCUCAUGUGGCUCGACAGGUCAUUGAACAUGCAGGACUGCAGGACAAGGUGUGUGUGCUGGAAGGGCUCUCAGCUGACCUCAUUCCCAAGAUGGCCGACAUGUUCGGGAUCCAUUCGUUUGACUUCGUUUUCCUCGACCACUGGAAGGACCGCUACUUGCCGGACAUCAGGCUGCUGGAGGACUGCAGUCUGCUGGCCCAGGGGUCGGUGGUUCUGGCUGAUAACGUGGUCUGUCCCGGAGCUCCAGACUACCUGGACUACAUCAGAUCCAGCCUGAAUUACAGCAGCAGGUUCUACCAGGCGCACCUGGAGUACACCAGAGUCCUGGACGGACUGGAGAGGUCAGAGUACCUCGGUCACAGACAGGGAGAGACACAGGUGCUCAGGGAUACACAUCAGCAGAGAGACAGACAGGUAAACAGACGGGGAGUGACAGGUAGACAGAGAAAGAGACAGACAUAGAGAGAAACACACAGGGAGACAGACAUGGACAGUGUACCAGUUUCACCUGAUGACAGAGGCAGUGUGGUUUUCGUCCUCAGGCCAGUUUGUCCAGAUGUUGAAGCAGGAAUCAGGAUGAAGUAACUGCUGCUCGUCAUAGUUUACAUGUUGUUUCUGACACGUAUGUAAAUGGUUCAGCCACACGUGGCCUCACAGUUUUUUAUUUUCUUUAACCCAAACACUGUUAGUCUGCUCCUAACCUUAAUCUGGGGUUUAGUUUCCUAAGCAUGAACAAGA